AUGGGCUGCACAGGGCGCAGCUUUCUUUGGACAUUUUUUUGUCCGCAACGAGCAGGCAUUAGGACCCGAGCAGCUUGGGAGAUCGGGCAGCUGAAAGCUUUCGUGACUUUCCCCAAAGACAAACCAAGCGCUGAUCUCCUCCAGGAGAUGAAAACCAUCAUUGAUGCUGCGCUGGAGCUGGACGAGAUGUUGAUGAACUCAAAAGCAAUAUUCACCGUCCACCGGCCUGAGAGCGACGGCUCGAAGAACCAGCGAUUCGAUGCAACUCGAAUGGAUGCCUUUAUACAGGGCAAAGACUUGUCAUCAAAGACUGUUGUUGAAUUUGCCAUCUCGCCCAUGCUCAUCAAGAUGGGCAACGCCGAUGGCUGCAACUAUGACAGCUGCAUGGUUGUUUGCAAAUCUUUGGUUUGUGUGAUGCUCCUCCUCGGUGUUGUUCACCUUUACACAGAAAAGGAAUAG